UAAAAAUAAACACAACCCCCCCAUCACCAAUUCCGGAUGGCUAUCCAACCCUUUUGGAACGAUCCGUAGAGAGACCAGACGCCUUACAAUGUCCAAGCCAAGAUUCAACCCUCUCUACGCGGCCCUGGCCUUUGUCGCCCUGGUUGGCCUUUUCUUCGUGCCUUUCGACGGCCACGGCGUCGUGUCGAGCGGGUCGGCAGGCAGCGCGACGUCCAAAACCGACGCGGGACAUGUGACGCACGUGGCCCUGUUCGAGUGGAAGACGGCCGCCGAUCCCGACGCGGUCGUCAUGGCCCACAAGCGGUUGAUGGCGCUGCGGACCAAGUGUAUCCAUCCAACCCGCAAGCAGCCCUACAUUGUGUCGCUCAAGGGCGGCAGGGACCAUUCGCCAGAGGGACUGCAGCACGGCGCCACGCAUGGCUACGUGGUCGAGUUCGCCUCCAUCGAGGACCGCGACUACUACGUCAAGACGGACCCCGCGCACAAAGCCUUUGUCGGCGGCAUCUCGGACAUUGUCGAGAAGGUGACAGUGCUGGAUUUCACGGCUGGGUUCUACUAGACUGGGGGAGGCCAAGUGGUCGCCGAAGCUUGGGCUUUCUGAGCUAUUGGAAAUCCGACUAUUGGAUUAAUGUUAUGGGGUUUCAAUAGCGAGGUGGUGGUGGCGGUCUUUGUUUCCAAAAUGCAUGCAUGCGUCAAUUGAUGAUAAUUCUAUUCCCA